AUGAUUACAGUUUGGCAUCUCUCAUUUGUUGAAUCCUCAAUGUCAGACAUCCCAAGGGGACCCAGAUCCAGCAAAAAGGCCACUCCAAACAGCUCGGGUGGAUCUCCACAGAAGCAGGCUCUGUCGGUGUGGCAGCGCUGGAACUCUCUUUCAUUCAAGGUGAGACUUUACAUAGGCGUGAGCACAAUGGCAGUGGCAUAUGGUGCUGAUCGUCUUGCUACCUUUCUGGAGGAAAAGAACGCUUUGGAGAUGGAAGCAAGCAAGCGUGUUGAGUCCGAGUUGGCAAAAUUGGACCAGGAAGUGAAGAAGGCAUAG